GUCUCAUUCCUCUUUCUCAACCUCAUUCAUCCCAUUCACUUCACUUCACAAUGACCGUCACCAACCCCGCCAACCUCGUCGUCGUUAUCACGGGCUGCGAUACUGGCUUUGGCUCAGAAAUUGUCGAUGAACUCUACAAGCGCGGAGGCUACACAGUCUAUGCCACAUGCCUGACAGAACAGGCCGUGGAAUCCUACAAGGCGAAGCAGUCGUCGCGCAUCAGGGCUAUCCAGGUCGAUGUCACCAACCAGGACGACGUCAACCGCCUCCGCGCCCAGAUCGAGGCGGAAUGUCCCCAGGGUGUUUAUUGUAUCCUCAACAAUGCCGGUAUCUAUGCCGGAGGAUUCUUUGACUUCGCCUCGGAGGACAGCUUCCAGAAAAUCAUGGACGUCAACUAUAUGGGAAUCAUCCGCAUCAGCAAGGCCAUGCUCCCCAGCAUGCGCAUCUUUGCCAAAUCACGCCACAGCCCUCAGGGCAAGCAUCUGCCUCGUGCGCGUCUCCUCAGCAUCACCUCAGUCGCAGGCCGUUCCAACCCUCCUGCUCACGGCGGCUACAAUGCCUCCAAGCACGCUGCAGAAUCGAUCAUGGAUACGCUGCGCGUGGAACUAUCGCCAUGGGAAAUCGAUGUCUCGAUGCUGGAACCCUUCUACGCAAAGACCCCACUGGUCGCAUCGGCUCACGUUGUCCUUGAGAAGGUCUGGAAGGCAUCAGAUCUGAAGACACAGAAGAUGUAUGGCCCCCAGUUUAUUCAGGGAGUUCGCAAACACUCGGAGGAGUUGUACAAUCAGUCCAUGCCCUCAAAGUGGGUCGUCGAUGCUGCAGUCAGCGCCAUCAGGAAAAAGGCCGGAGCAAAAAAGGCUCGUAUCUUGAUCGGUUUCUGGUGGGUCGGCACAUUGAUCCGCUUUCAAGAGAUGGCGCCCUCGUGGAUCGUCGACUUUUUCACGAAGCUCAUCAUGAAGCGCGUUGGCGCCUGGCCAUCGGAUCCUUUCCUGCUCAAGGAUAGCAAGAGCAUCUAGAGAGGAAAUCGAUCCCCGUAUACCCGUAUACCCGUAUACCGGAACAGUUAUUUAUUUAUAAAAAGUACUGUAAUAAAACGAAGCAGCGCUU